AUGCGCCCGUGCAUCUUGGACGCUUUCCUGGUGAACCUGUCCCUGGGCCACCAGCUGCUGGCAGCGUCUGACAGGCCCUUCAUGCUGCUAAGCACUCUGAGCUGGCGGCUGUCUUCUGGGCCCAGCGACCAGGCUGUGGGCUUCCUGGACACCUUCCUGGAGUCCAACUCCACACCAAGCAUAGAGGUGCUGAGUGCAGGACAGUGGCUGGUGGGGAACCUCGUGUCCUGCUUGCUUCUCCCACCGAUGGCCUGCCAGCUCCACGCUGCCGGCUUUGUGCUGCUGCUCCUGGUGCUCGGACUCCCCAGGCUCAGGAUGCUGCCGGUGGCACAGGGCCACUGCCAGCGCCUCGACAUCGUCCCCAUGCAGGUGCUCACCAGGCAAGACUUUCUGCACGCUGACCUGGCUGUGCUGUCCCCAAGCUCCGCCCCCAACACCCAUCACUGGAGACACAUGCACAGGCUAGUGGGGCGUGUGCCCUUUGUCACCAUUAGCCCUCCCUGGGGGUUCCUGAGCGAGUACCCGAGCUCUAGCAGGACCACGGCCAACCUCUGCAUGGACCCCCAGCUCUACCAGCAGUUCCUGUAG